AUGUUUAAAAACUUGAAAGAAAAAUUGGCAACUCAAGUGUCAAAAACCAAUCAAACAUUACUAACGGGCAUAUCUUCACCUGAAUCAACAUCUGCAUCAAAAGACGCGAAUAGUGACGCAUCGUCAAACACAGUUCGCAAUGAUAACCAUGAGAAUCAUCGUUCUCGACUCGAUUCAGCAGCAAGUGACAUAAGUCAAUAUAGUGUCGAUCAUAGUUCGAAUACUAGCAUGACUUAUGUCUCUCCACCGCGGCAGUAUAGACCACCCUCCGACAUCGAGUCCGAAUAUGGUGGAGACGAGAGUGAUUAUGAAAGUAAUACAAAAAUGAUUAAACUUCAAAAGUUGCUCGGUGUUUAUAAGAACAAAUUUAAUCAAUUGAAAAGUGCGUACGAUGAAGUCGAACGAGAAAAAGAACAUGUUAAAAAUCUCUUGCAACAGCAACAAGAUAAAUCCUUAGCUCGAAUAUCUGAAUUACGCGAACAGAUCAAACUCGAUCGCGAAGCCAAAGCACAGUUAGAAUGUUUGCAUAAAAAAGAGAUCCGAUCGAAGGAAAAUCGAAUCGAAGAACUAACAUUGCAAGUUAAUGCACAGAAAGAUCUCAUUCAAUUGCCAACGCAAGCUGAUCAUGAAGAAAUGCAAAAUCUACGUGAGAAGAAUUCGAAAUUAGAAACACUACUAACUCGUUGUAAAGAGGCAAUCAGAGCUCAUCAAGACAAACAAACUGAACUAACCAAAAGCCGCGAUGAUAUUCUUCUUCAACUAAAUGAAAAGCAAACUGUUAUUGAAUCACUAAUGAAAGCAAAUUCCAAAGACGAAGAUCAUUUCAGUUUGAAACAUUUUGUUAAAAACAUCUGGGAACGUCAUUCGGAUGAUACUUCAAUAGCAUCGAUGGAAGUUCAAGAGCAUUUCGAUUCGGAUAUUAGCGUCUUAUUACAAGACAAACAACGUUUACAGGAAGAAUUAGAGACGGCGAAGAUCCGCGUGAGACAACUUGAAAAUGAAUUGGAAGUGAAAACACAGCAGCUAACGAUAAACGAAGAUCUUCAACGUAAAUAUGAUGAGUUAUUGAAUGAAUUCAAUGAGAAAUCAAAAUUAAUUGACACAUUCAAUCGAGAUGUUGAAAAACGAACUGAAGUCAAUCUCGUUCAGUCUUCCAGUUUCAAUCAUUUACAAGAAACAAUACAAAACAUCGAAUCGAUCCUUCCGGAUAGUCAAUCCACGAAUUUAAUCGAACGUAUUCAACAAUUAAUCAAUGAUAAAGUCGAACUUUCGAAAGCAAACGAAAUUCUGCAAAGCCAACUAUCUACGAAUGAAAUUCAAUUCAAUCAAAGUCUAGAAAAUCUACGACAACAACAUUCAGAAGAAAUCACUAAACUUCUAAGGGAGAAACAAAAUGAAUAUGAAAUGUUAAAGCACAAACUUUCGGAUACUCGUGACCAACAGUUAUCAGCAUUAGAAGAUGAACUGAAAUCUGCAAUCGUACGCGAAAACGAAAAGAUGGGUCAAUUGAAUAUGGAAAUCAGUCAACGGCAAGAACAAAUCCAAGCAAUGCACCAGAUCAUUGCGGAACAGAAACAACAGUCCAGUCAAUACCAAGAAGAAUCACGAAAUACCGCCGAUCGAAUUCAACAACUCGAAAAACAACUCGACAGUCGCAAUUCGCAUCUAGAAGAAAACCAAAUUCAUAUUAAUCGACUAACAACAAAUAUCGAUCAAUUGAAAGCGGAUAUAGCGGUAAUUACUGACGAACGAGAGCAAAGUAAAAAGAAGUUCGAAGAUGCACAAAAUGAGAUAGCUCAGCUCAAUGAAUUCAUAAGACAAAUUCGAUUACAAAGUUCAACAACAAUCGAAGAGCAUGAUGGGAUCAUUCAACAAUUGAACACAACUAUUAACGAACUCAAAGUUAAUAACACAUCAUCUGCCGAUAAAUGCGAACAACUCCAGAAAGAACUUGAAGUGAAACAACAGGAAAUAUCUCAAUUAAAUCAAACAAUCGAUGAAGUAAGAUCGCAGAUUGCUAAGACUAAUGAAGAACUACAAGAAGAACAAAAUACGACCAGUCAAAAUCGUUUAACUAUAAAUGAACUGCAAGCUAAUAACGCAUUAUACACUGAUAAGUGUGAACAACUGGAAAAAGAAGUUUUUCAAUUGAAUUCGACUCUCGAAUCACUUAGAUUAUCCAACACAACAGCUGCAGAAGAUAAUGAACAACUGAAGAAACAAUUCGAAGAUAUACAAAAUGAAGUACUACGUCUGAAGUCUGAAAUUGAAGAAAAACAAAAUGAAAACACUCAGCUGAAUAUUUCACUUGAAACUAUGAAGGCAACCAAUACAACGGUGACGGAAGAUCGCGAACGUCUUACCAAAGAACUGGUAGAAUCAGAAAAUCGAAUAAUUCAACUGAACGUUAUGAUGGAUGAAAUGAAAACAACAGAUAUCGCACUUAAUGCACAACAGGAGGAAGUUGAUCGAGAAUUGAAAGAAAAACAAAAGAAAAUUCUUGACCUUAUACGUACAAAUGAUGAAUUAAAAACAACAAAUGUAAAAAUUAGUGAAGAACAUGAACAGAUUAGAAGACAAUUCCAAGACGCUCAGAACGAAAUCAUUCAGCUGAGUGAAACCAUGACACAGAUCCGAUUGCAAAGUUCGACAACUACUGAAGAAUUGGAUCGUGUAACCAAACAGUUGAAUAUAACUAUCGAGGAAUUGAAAGUCGAUAAUGCAUCAUCUGUUAAUAAAUGUGAACAGCUCCAGAGAGAAAUUGAAGCUAAACAAGAAGAGAUUGCUGGACUUAAUUCAACGAUUGAAUCAAUGAAAACUUCAAGUACAGCACUCAAUGAACAAAUGAGCAAACAACUGGAAAGUGCCCAAAAUGAAAUAUCUCAGCUGAGUAGAACGAUAGAAGAAACUCGACUGAUGAGUUCAACAACUAGUGAAGAACAUGAUCAAGUCAUUCAACAACUGAACACGACUCUCAACGAAUUAAAAGUUGAUAACGCCUCGUUAAUUAACAAAUGUGAGCAACUACAAAAAGAGCUGGAAGCCAAACAAGAGGAGACCGUUCAGCUAAACUCUACUAUCAAAUCAAUGAAAGUGUCACAUUUGACGAUCAGUGAAGAAAUCAAUAAACAACUCGAAGAUGCACAAAGCGAAAUAACGCAACUAAAUCAAACCAUUGAUGAAAUUCGAACAAAGAGUGCGGAUAUGACUGAGGAAUUGAGUCAAGUUAACAAACAGUUGAAUUCCACUAUCAAUGAACUGAAAGCUGAUAACAUAUCAUAUACUGAUAAAUGUGAGCAAUUUCAGAAGGACCUCGACGCGAAACAAGAAAUUAUCAACGAACUUACUUCUACAAUUGAAUCAAUGAAAACAUCCAACGCAGCGUUCAGUGAACAAAUGAACGGACGAUUAGAAACCGCUCAAAAUGAAAUAUCUAAAUUAAAUAAAGUAAUCGAAGAGACUCGACUCCUGAGUUCGACAACUAGUGAAGAACAUGAUCAAAUUAUCCAACAACUGAAAUUGACUAUCGACGAAUUGAAAGCAGAUAAUGUAUUAUCUGUCAAGAAAUGUGAAAAUUUGGAGAAAGAACUUACUACAAAACAAGAAGAAAUUGUUGAACUGAAUUCUACGAUCGAAUCAAUGAAAGCAUCAAACACGGCACUCGGUGAACAAAUGAGCAAACAAGUGGAAGCCGCACAAAAUGAAAUAUCUCAGCUGAAUCGAACAAUAGAAGAAACUCGAUUGUUAAGUUCGGCAACUAAUGAAGAGCGUGAUCAAAUCGUCCAACAACUGAAUACAACAGUUGAUGAACUAAAAGCGAACUAUGCAUCGUCGGUGAAUAAAUGUGAACAACUUGAAAAAGAAGUUCUUCAAUUGAAUUCGACUCUCGAAUCACUUAGAUUAUCCAACACAACAGCUGCAGAAGAUCAUGAACAACUGCAGAAGCGAUUUGAAGAUACACAAAAUGAAGUACUUCGUUUAAAGUCUACAAUGGAAGAAAUUAAAGUUGAACUGGAAGAUAAGCAGAAUGAACUAGCACAACUUCAUGUAAUUCACAAUAACGAACGUGAACAAGCUGAAGAGCAAAUUGCUCAACUAACAACAUCUACAAAUGAAAUAGAAACCAAUCAUCAAAAGCAGAUCGAAGACAAACAGAAUCAAAUCCAUCAAUUAACAACAACUAUCAAUCAGCUAAAAGAAACUUAUGCAACCAUAUCAGAUGAACGCGAACAGUUAAAACAAACUAUCCAACAACUGCAAGAAACCGAAAUUACCAAGGAAAAACAACGAGAACACGAAAUUGAAUCGUUGAAACAAAGUCUUGUCGAGCAAGAAUCGCUUCGUAAAUCCUUGCAAACUGAUCAGCAAUCCUAUAUUGAACAAUUAACCAAUGAACAUCAACAAGAAAUUGAUAAUCUUCAUCAACAGCUUCUUGCUCAACGUUCUCAAUCAGAUUCGUAUCAAGAUACCAUCGAACAUCUUCGAAAAGAUCUUCAAGAUUACGAAAUGAAAUAUUCAGAACAAACAUCUAAAGUUGAUCAUCUACUUGACGAACAAAAACAUGUCUCGGAAUCGAUGAUACGUCUGAAAAACGUGCUCAGUGUCGAUGCCAAUGAUCAUGAUGAACUUCUCGAGCAACUUCUUCAUAAAAUGGAACAAUUGCAUCUAUUUGAAACCGAAUCUGAACGUUUAAAUAACGACUUAGUCAAACAAAAGUCCGAACAGGUCAAUCUGCAUACUCAACUCCAACAAUUGGAACAGCAGUUGGACGAUACGAAAGAAGAACUGAAGAAAACCAAACAAAAGUUCAUACCAAUGAAAACGAAAUAUCAAAAUCAAAUUGACGAAUUGACGCAUUCGGUUGAACAACUUCAACAAGAAAAACAUUCAAUCGAAAGUCGACAGCACGAACUAAAUCAACAAUUCGACGAGAAAAACAAACAGUGCAAUGAUCUUCAAAAUCAACUUCAUGAAUAUUCACUGGAUCGAAAUGAACAGAAAAUGAAAUAUGAAAUCGAUCUCAAUCAACAUCAAAUUCUCCUUGAAAACCUUCGUCGAGAGAUGAAUGAUCUACACGAUGAACUUAAGUCGAAGAGUAAUGAAAUUCUUUUAUUACAAACAAAUUCAAACAAACUUCAACAGACAUUGCAGAACAAUAGUGAGAAAUUUGAAGAAAUUUCUCAGAAAGAAAAAGAAUUUCACGAAAUUCAUUCGGCAUUGGAAGAAAAAUAUAAUCAUAUUCUAACAGAAAAAGCAGGAUUAGAAAACGAGUUAGAUCAAAUACGUGUUCAAUUACAAACAAACAACGGAAAUAUCCAUAAACGAGAAGAAGAUCAAAAACAUCAACUAGAACAAGCCGAGAAGAUCAUCAAAGAACUUCAGGGUGAACGUGACUCUCUUCGUGUGGAAAUGGAAAGUUUACGUAAGGAGCUUGAUUUAUUGUCGAGUAGUAAAGAAGAAAUCGCUGAGAAAGACCGACAGUUAGCAGAAUACGAAGAAAGAACUCAAGAACUCCAAGCAACUCUCAAACAAACACAAGAUAGUGGAACGAAAUUACGCAAAGCAUUACAUAAGAUGAAAGAAACGAUUACUAAUAAUGAGCAAACACAUAUUCAAGAAUCUGAAAUUCGUCAUCGAAUUAUCACGGAAGAAUAUGAACAGAAACUCGAAGACCAAGAAGCAGAAUAUAGUGCAAAAUUGAAAUCUCUUACCAAAGAGAUGCAUUCGCAAAUGGAAGAAAAAGAUAAACAGUUUAAUUUGCAACUUCAAGAAAUAAUCAAUAAAAGUUAUCAAAAUGAAAGUGAAAUGAAACAGAAAAUGCAAGAUGCUGAACAGCGAGCAUUAAUUGCUGAAGAACAACUUAAAGAACAAAACAUCGAUGUUCUUCGAACUCAAGUUGUAACUUUAAAUCACAUUGAAAGUGUUCCUGUUUCAACGAACGAUCAUGGCACCCAGACGAUCUUCGAAGAUUCUGUAUCGAAUCAUUCCCGGACAACAUCGAAUGAUAGUCUACAUUCUUUUAUAUUCGAACCUACCGAAAUUGAUUAUCUAAAACAGAUCGUACUUGCAUAUAUGACUGGAACUGAUCGAUUAACAAUGGCGAAAGUCAUCUGUGCACUUCUUCGUUAUACCGACGAUGAAAAAUCCUUAGUGAUGGAACAUGAAAAACUUCGUCAAACACGUUGGUUGAAUACAUCGAGAUAA